AUAACACCCACCGCUCUUCUUCCCCUUAUAUUCACCGUUGUUGUCUUCAACCUCUCAUGAGAGGAGUCGGAGAUCUCAACCAACGACACAAUUUAUCACCGCCGAUUCGAUUCAAUUCUACCACCGUCUGUACAAGCUGUAAUCAAGCUGAUCAUGGAGUCUCCGACCUACUACCCGCCGCCGCUAAAUCACCAGGACUCAUCUCGCCCUACCUUAGGGUUUCCUCUCGGCACCGCCUUACUAUUGAUUGUCAUCUUCAGCCUCAGCGGCAUAUUCUCUUGUUGCUACCAUUGGGACAAGCUCCGUCACCUCCGCGGUUCCUUUUCCGACGAAGACGACGAUGAUCACUCCUCUUUCAAACCUAAACCUACCUACUCGGAAAAGAAGCAAAACGAGAAUCAGAGUUUGCCGGUGGUAAUGCCGGGAGAUCGGAUUGCGAGGUUCAUAGCAUUGCCGUGUCCGUGUGAACCGCCGAGAGAAGAGAAAAUCGUUGUAGAAGAGAUUCAGAAAAGCCCAAAGCCACCAUCACAUGUAGCUGUCACUCUCUGUUAAACUACUAUUCCUUUGUACAUAUAUAUUCAUAUAUAUACAUAUUUGUUUGAUUGAAAUUCAUAAAAUCAAAUUCAUGA